UUUGCCCUCACAACAAAGAGAAAGACAAAUUGUCUUCUUUUCUCAAAAUGGCCACUCCUCCCUCUCUAGCCACUUAGAGAGAAAGAGAGAGAUCUAGGGAGAGAGAGAGAGUAUGUGUGAUUAAGGAGAGAUGGAGCAACCAAUAAGCCUAGAGGCUCCUCUGCUCACCACAAGUUCCAGAAAUAGGAGAGAAGGGUUAGAGGGGGUCAUACAAAGUGAAGUAAAGAAGCAGCUGUGGUUAGCAGGGCCUCUCAUAGCAGGGAACCUUUUGCAAAACAUUAUAAGGGUGAUAUCAUUGAUGUUUGUUGGCCACUUUGGGGAGCUGGAUCUCUCUGGUGCUUCCAUGGCCACCUCCUUUGCCACUGUCACUGGUUUCAGCUUGUUGAUGGGGAUGGGAAGUGCUUUGGAUACUCUAUGCGGGCAAUCCUUCGGAGCGAAGCAGUAUCACAUGCUCGGCAUUCACAUGCAGAGGGCGAUGCUAGUGCUCAUGCUCGCAAGCGUUCCGCUCGCUGUAAUAUGGGCCUACACAGGGCAAUUCCUUGUUCUGUGCGGGCAAGACCCGGAGAUCGCAUACGAAGCUGGAAUAUACGCUCGAUGGAUGAUCCCCGCGCUCUUCGCGUACGGCCUUCUGCAGUGCCACGUCCGAUUCCUGCAGACGCAGAACAUCGUUCUUCCGGUUAUGAUAAGCUCGGGGCUCACGGCAUUGCUUCACAUCGGAGUUUGUUGGGUGCUGGUGUAUGGAUUAGGCCUCGGCAGCAAAGGUGCUGCUCUGGCAAAUGCUAUAUCAUACUGGAUAAAUGUGUUACUGCUGGAAGCUUAUGUUCAACUGUCGAAUGACUGCAAGAAGACUUGGACUGGCCUUUCGAAAGAGGCUUUUCAUGAUACUUUGAGCUUCAUCAGACUCGCCGUUCCGUCAGCUUUGAUGGUUUGCUUGGAAUGGUGGUCAUUCGAGCUUCUCGUGCUUCUUUCUGGUCUUCUUCCAAACCCGCAGCUAGAAACAUCCGUGUUGUCGAUAAGCCUUAACACUGCUUCGAUGGUAUUCAUGGUUCCUUUCGGUCUUGGAGCUGCAAUAAGCACACGCGUCUCAAAUGAACUCGGUGCUGGGCGGCCUGAUGCCGCUCGCCUCGCAGUACGCAUAGUGGUAUUCUUGGCCAUCAUAGAAGGAUUAGUAGUGGGACUAAUCAUGAUUCUGGUGCGCGGCAUCUGGGGAUAUGCCUAUAGCAAUGAAGAGGAGGUUGUGAAAUAUGUCGGCGUCAUGCUACCGAUUCUCGCAACAUCCAACUUCUUCGACGGCAUUCAAAGUGUUCUUUCAGGGGUUGCGCGAGGAUGCGGUUGGCAGAAGAUCGGCGCUUUUGUGAAUCUUGGGGCUUACUACAUUGUAGGAAUUCCUUCGGCCAUUCUAAUAGCAUUUGUUUUUCAUGUUGGAGGGAAGGGGCUUUGGAUGGGAAUCAUAUGCGGCGUUGUUCUACAAGUGUUUUUGCUUUUAAUCAUCACCCUUUGCACAAACUGGGAUAAAGAGGCGAAGAAGGCGAAGGAUAGGGUAUUUAGCACCACUAUCCCAACCGACAUGACGACAUGAUUUAGAGCCAGAAACUAGUCGAAAUCAGAUAACGAGUAAACAAUCAUGAGCACGAAAUAUAUCUGCGACCUGCGAAUCUAAGUUGUGUUUCAUGGUGCCCCAGUUAUUUGGUCAUCUUGGAGCUCAUCUCACACCCAUGUUGGCCACCCCAGAAACAGAAACAAGGAGGAUCUACUACGAACUGCGUCGAGAUUUCAUGCAGAAAUAUUGCUGGAAGAGCAGUGCUUUCUGCUUUUCUGCUUCUGCUUAUCAAUCAAUAAAAUUUUGGUGGCAGUCUUCUGUCAUGCAGAAAUAUUGGAUGAUUCAUCAUUUUAUUUUUUUUUAUUCCAGUGUAAUCCAAUUCCAUCGUACAUUUCUAUUCCAAUGAUGAACCAAACAUGCUGUGAAAGGUUAGCUGAGCCUUUUUGUCGCUAUUCAAGUGUUUUGCAAGUUGAAUUGAAAGAAAAGGAAAUGCUAUGCUCGCUC